UGAGCCGGGUCCAAGAUGGCGGCAGGGGUGGCCGGGUGGGGGGUUGAGGCAGAGGAGUUCGAGGGCCCUGAUGUGGAGCCGCUGGAGCCCACGCUUAGCAACAUCAUCGAGCAGCGCAGCCUUAAGUGGAUCUUCGUUGGGGGCAAGGGUGGCGUUGGCAAGACCACCUGCAGCUGCAGCCUAGCAGUCCAGCUCUCCAAAGGGCGGGAGAGUGUUCUGAUCAUCUCUACAGACCCAGCCCACAACAUCUCUGAUGCAUUUGACCAGAAGUUCUCCAAGGUGCCUACCAAGGUCAAAGGCUAUGACAACCUCUUCGCCAUGGAGAUUGACCCCAGCCUGGGCGUGGCAGAGCUGCCGGACGAGUUCUUCGAGGAGGACAACAUGCUGAGCAUGGGCAAGAAGAUGAUGCAGGAAGCCAUGAGCGCCUUCCCGGGCAUCGACGAGGCCAUGAGCUAUGCAGAGGUCAUGAGGCUGGUGAAGGGCAUGAACUUCUCGGUGGUGGUGUUUGACACGGCGCCCACGGGCCACACACUGAGGCUGCUCAACUUCCCCACCAUCGUCGAGCGGGGGCUAGGCCGCCUCAUGCAGAUCAAGAACCAGAUCAGCCCCUUCAUCUCACAGAUGUGCAAUAUGCUGGGCCUCGGGGACAUGAACGCAGACCAGCUGGCCUCCAAGCUGGAGGAGACACUGCCUGUCAUCCGCUCUGUCAGCGAACAGUUCAAGGACCCUGAGCAAACAACCUUCAUCUGUGUGUGCAUCGCGGAGUUCCUCUCACUGUAUGAGACGGAGCGGCUGAUCCAGGAGCUGGCCAAGUGCAAGAUUGACACGCACAACAUCAUUGUCAACCAGCUAGUCUUCCCUGAUCCCGAGAAGCCCUGCAAGAUGUGUGAGGCCCGCCACAAGAUCCAGGCCAAGUACCUGGACCAGAUGGAGGACCUAUAUGAAGAUUUCCACAUUGUGAAGCUGCCACUGCUGCCCCACGAGGUUCGGGGGGCAGACAAGGUCAACACCUUUUCUGCUCUUCUCCUGGAGCCCUAUAAGCCCCCCAGUGCCCAGUAGCACCACCAACAGCCCCAGCUGCUGCCAUUUCACACCCAUCCUCCAGCCCCCACCCCUGGGGCAGAGUUUGCACAAAGUUCCUCCAUAGCAUAGGGGGAGCCACUUGGGGGGUGGGAGGCGAGGAGGGGGUCUUUUCCCCCUGGUGGGGCUGGGGGAGCUGUAGCUGCCCCUCCCCCAUCUCCCUGCCUCUCCCCCCUCAAUAAAAUGGUCUUAAACUAC